GAGGGGUUCCACUCACUGUAUGGCCUCACUCACACGCUCACUACUUCACAUGUAUACACAAUCUUACUGUGAGCCUCAGGAAACUUAUUGUGGACAACUUCAUCCCUCCGGAGGUGGUUGAACAGGUCAAAGGUCGAGCCUCUUUGGACGAGACUCACAGAUGAGUGGAGUCUGCGUGCAUCAGACAUUAGGUCAGGUACUCGUGUCCCCAGACCAGUCUCACGAGCUGGGAGUCUGAGACCCACGUCAGGCUGUGCCAGGAUGGUAGCUGCUUCUGGGAACCCAAGAUACCUGGCUGAAAACAUAUUGCGUGUGGAGUUGGACAUGCCCAACAGGACCACCAGAGACUACGAGUGUCCAUCUGUUGCCCCAAGUCUCAGAGCCGCCCUCAGUCGUGCCAUGGCAGAGGAGGAGGGAAUGACAGUCGAUGCUGGGUCCUUCACUCUCUCUCAGAAGCCGCGUCUCCCACGAACAAAGACAAGGUUACGUCAGAGCUCAGAGCCCGCUGCCACACCCACUACCCACUUCCCCACUCGCAGAGGACUAGUUACUCCAUCUGUCUGACUCUCUCACAUUCUCUAUCAUCACCUAACAUCCCAUAAUCAGAGAUUUAAAAAAGUUGCAUGUUCAGCCUAUCACGAGGGUACUGCAGGCACAAUGUUUAUUAAGCAAAUAUAUUUGCACGCUCAUCAACUGUUCUAUUAAAAAUUCAUAAAAAUAAUGAUGAGUGGAUGUUAACAACACAGCAAUCUAUUGGAAGUCCAUGAACUGAAGGUUGGUCCUAAUUAGUAUCUUGCGAGGCAGAGGGUGAGGGGCAGGAGAUAGGACUGUGAGUGUCUUAGCCUCCAUAUCCACAUCAGUGCUGCAGAGGGAAUCCGGCGGAGGGGGUAGAGGCCACAUCUUCCUCAGUGGAGUUGGCCAUACUGAGACUGACUAUUGUGUGACUCAACUGUUUGGCUGGAGACAGAGGGAGUGAGGGAGGAACAGGGAGGGAUCCUAGCUAGAGUUGCUCACUGGGCUCCUCGUGGACCAGGAGGACACUGCCGUCCA